UAUGAAUACAGCAGUUGAAGAAAAUCAAACAGACUCUCUUCUCAAAGAAAACCAAAGAAAAUAAUCAAAGAAAAUCAAAGAUAUAUAAUCAAGAGAUCGAUGGCUGCUUCAAGUCCCACUAUUCUUGGCCUUCCUGCGUCUCCCAACCAUGUCCAAGGUUCGAUGAGCUCCAUGAAAGCCAUUGCACCUUAUUUGGCUAUGAUUGUAAGCACAUUAGCUUACGGAGGAACAAAUAUAUUAGGCAAGCUCGCCAUAGAGCGAGGACUCAAUUGCUUUGUCCUCAACGUCUAUCGUCAUCUCAUCGCUAUGAUGAUCUUCGGUCCCCUCUCCUAUGUUCUUGAAAGGAACCAAAGGCCACCUCUUUCAUUGUCGAUACUCAUGAAGAUCUUCGUCCUCACGUUGUUUGGAGCAACAAUACAUCUGAAUCUAUUCUAUAUAGGGCUUGAUUAUACACCCCCAACUGUGGCAAGUGCUUUGAGCAGUGUAAUUCCUGUUCUUACUUUUACCCUGGCAGUCUUGUUUAGGAUGGAAAAGGUCAAGAUUAAAAGUGCAAAGGGGAUAGCAAAGUUAAUAGGAGCUUUAGUUUGCAUUACUGGAGCUCUUUUAUUUACUUUUUGGCAAGGCCCUCUCCUCCCCGGAUUUGUUAAGAGGCCUUUGAUUAUAGUUCAAGGAAAAAACUCUGGUCAUGGAUCAAAACAUUAUAAAGAUGAUUGGAUCAAAGGUUCCCUUCUUAUAUUCAUCGCCAAUGCCACAUUUAGUGUGUGGUUCAUUCUGCAGGCAAAAGUUUGCGAGGUUUAUUCAGCAAGAUUAAUGAUGAACACCCUGAUCGGCUUCUUCGCAUCCCUUCAGUCUGCAGUAGCUGCCCUCAUCUUUGACAGGAAUGCAUCUUCUUGGAAAUUAGAGUGGAACUUACAACUUAUAACAGUCUUAUACUCGGGAAUUGUGAUAUCUGGCCUUUCAUAUUACUUGCAAACUUUUUGUAUCAGCAAGAAAGGACCAGUAUUUGCUGCUAUGUUCUCUCCACUAAACCUUGUUCUAGUAGCACUCUUCUCUGCUUUCUUUUUCGCUGAAAGACUUCAUUUGAGCAGCUUGAUUGGAGCUUUCGCCAUGAUUUCGGGACUUUACAUGGUACUGUGGGGGAAAAGCAAAGAAUCUGAUGAAGAGGAGGAAAGAGUUGCAAAGGUUUUACCAUCAGAACGCAAUCCUGUAACGUGAAAACUUUCUUCGGAGGCAUCUGUUUUCUCCUUCUGUCUCUACAUUUUACUACCUACUAUUAUUAUUGCUUGGAUAUAUACCACUUUGUAAUGUACUGAAAUGUGUGUCCAAAAAACAUUUAUCUUGUUGAGUACUUGACUGAAGUUGUUGAUGGCUAUAAUACUGGAUCAGUUUCUCUAUUUCAUUUAUAUGAAUUUUUUUUCCUCAUUUUAUGUAAUAUAUGUUUG